CUUAUUAAUUUUAUUACCAAUAACCAAUAGAUUUACCAGAGGUCAUGUAUUAUCACAUUCUCAAGCACUGAAUUAAUUUAAUAACGCAUAUUCAUCACUCAAGACAGUGUAAACCAUGAUAACCUUUUUGCUCUUCUUCAAACCUAGAACAAUCCCAUAAAAUGGCAUUUUCUGUCAUUCCCAUAGAUCGUACCGUCAAACCAGAAACACAUCAAACAAACUGAGCUCGCGAGUUAAUAUUUAAACCACCAACUGCAUUACGAUAUGUUUAAAAAGUGGGGCGGCCAAGGUUAAGAGAAAGAAAACAAAGUCCACCAGUUAAUGGGAAGCUGCUUGUGUCUCGCAGCUGAGAUCCUUACAAUUGCUCUGCUUUAAACAUGACUGAGGCAGAGUACUACAUAGAAUACAAGGGGGUCUAUUUGCCUUCAAGCCUGCACCCUCCAAAGAGCCUGAAAUACUACGAGGAGUUCACUUUUCGCCCAGAUGAUAUUGUCAUUGUCACGUAUCCCAAGUCAGGUACGACUUGGAUGCAGGAGAUCGUCCCUCUGAUCAUGAGUGGAGGAGAUCCGGCCUCUGUUGAGACUCUUCCUAACUGGGACCGUGUUCCCUGGCUGGAAGUACAUCAGACCCGUUUCCUUAGACUUGAAAGUAGGCCGUCUCCACGCAUGUUUGCUACACACUACCAGUACAACAUGAUGCCACCAUCCUUCUUUGAAGUUAAGCCAAAGGUCAUCUAUGUCAUGAGGAACCCCAAAGAUGUGUUUACAUCCUCCUUCCAUUAUUAUGGGAUCAUCUCCUUUGCGGCCAACCCAGGCUCACAGAGCGAGUUCCUCCACAAGUUCCUUGAUGGAAAAGUUAUGUUUGGCUCAUGGUUUGAUCAUGUGAAGGGCUGGCUGAAUGCUGAAGAUAAAGAGCGAAUAAUGUACAUCUCCUAUGAAGAGAUGAUAAUGGACCUGAAGGAUUCUGUGGGCAGAAUCGCUCAGUUCUUGGAGAAAUCUCUGGACACUGAGGUGAUAGAGAAGAUAGCAGACCGAUGUGUGUUCAAGAACAUGAAAAAGAACAAAAUGUCAAACUACUCUACAGCUCCUCGUGGACUCAUGGACCAGACAAAGUCUGAAUUUCUCAGAAAAGGAAUCGCUGGAGACUGGAAAAACCAACUAACAGGGGCAGAAGUGGAGCACUUUGAUGCCGUUUACAAAGACAAAAUGAAAGAUGUCAAAUACAAAUUUGUAUGGGAUUGAAAUAAAUGUGAACAAAACAUUUUCCACCAUAUUGUGAUGAAUAAAACUGUAGAGGUUCUGUCGGUCACUGCAGUUCACUAAAAUGUUCAGUUUGGUUCAGGAGAAAUGCAGAAUGCUGCCAACUUUCUCAAGUCUCUUGACUUAUUAGCUUUUACUGUGUAUCUUUCUCAUAGACAGACUGUUUUGCCUUGUUUUGAUUUCAUUGGUUACUUCCUUAAAUAAUAUCACCAAUGUUCAUUUGAGAUUUGUUCAAGAAUUAAAAUUUGAAUUGAUUUGGCCAAUCAGGUUCAUACACAAAACAAAGCUGAUAAAUACGGGGAUAAUUAUUUUUGGUUCAGUUUGGUUUGUGACUUUUUAUCUAUUAUUGAAACCUACAGUCAGUUGUCAAACCAGAACACAUUAAUUGGUCUUGGCUUAGAAGUUCAUAUUUUAAACAUAUUUUGUUUUUUUAAUAAUUUGCCUUUCCAAGAAAUGUAAAGAGACUUGCAUUUGAAGUAUUUUUUAUUUACAAUCCUCAUAAGUGGGAAAAUGCUGCCAAUCAUUAUGUAAAAUGUGUGCCAGAAAACUUCUUAAAGGACAUUUAAAACUCAAACUGUAAUAUGUACGUCAAAUAUAAAUUCACCAAUUUAUAAAUAAAUGCUACACCUUUGCACUGA